CCGAGCUGAGCCGAGCCGAGCCGAGUGGAACCGAGCCGAGCCGAGCUGAGCUGAGCCAUUCGAGCCGAGCCGAACCAAGCCCGCGGGUGUGGGGCGGAGCGCCCAUGGGCCGGCGCUGAGCCGGGCGGGCGCGGGCCGGCUCGCCUCGCCAUGCUCCUGGCCUCCGCCGUGGUGGUCUGGGAAUGGCUGAACGAGCACGGCCGCUGGCGCCCCUACAGCCCGGCUGUGAGCCACCAUAUCGAGGCGGUGGUGCGCGCCGGGCCACGCGCCGGGGGCAGCGUGGUGCUGGGCCAGGUGGACAGCAGGCUGGCGCCCUACAUCAUCGACCUGCACUCCAUGAACCAGUUCCGCCAGGACACGGGGACCCUCCGACCGGUUCGCCGCAAUUACUACGACCCGAGCUCAGCCCCCGGAAAGGGUGUGGUGUGGGAGUGGGAGAACGACAGCGGCUCCUGGACGCCUUAUGACAUGGAAGUGGGGAUCACCAUCCAGCACGCCUAUGAGAAGCAGCACCCCUGGGUGGACCUCACGUCCAUCGGCUUCAGCUACAUCAUCGACUUUGGCACCAUGGGCCAGAUCAACCGGCAGACCCAGCGGCAGCGCCGUGUGCGCCGGCGCCUGGACCUCAUCUAUCCCAUGGUCACCGGCUCCCUACCCAAGCCGCAGUCCUGGCCGGUCAGCCCUGCAUCACCAGCCUCUCCCCCUGGGCCACCGUGCGCCUGUCCGCAGUGUGUGCUGGUCAUGAGCGUCAAGGCAGCUGUGGCCCAGGGGGGCACUACGCCCCAGCCCGCAGCAGCGACCCGCAAGAACACUGUGCCCCUCUCAGGGACCGUCAAGCUACCCUCAGCCCCGGGCCCUGCAGCCAAGCCCCUGGAUGGCAUGGGCACCACUCGAGGCCCAGGGAAGACUACCCCGGCACAGGGAAUCCGGAGACAGGCCACCAGUACAGUGGCAGGGACCGUGGUGGGCUCUCCGGCCAGCCCCCCGGGAGCUGACAGCAAGGCUGGGAGGGUAGCCCUGGCCACCCUAAGUCGGAACAACCUACAGCGGUUGGCCAUCGCCCAGUCCCGGGUGCUGAUUGCCUCUGGGGUCCCGACGGUCCCCGUGAAGAACCUCAACGGAUCGAGUCCCGUCAAUCCCGCCUUGGCAGGAAUCACCGGAAUCCUGAUGAGUGCUGCGGGGCUGCCCGUGUGUCUCACCCGCCCCCCUAAGCUCGUCCUCCACCCGCCACCUGUCAGCAAGAGCGAGAUCAAGUCCAUCCCAGGCGUUUCCAACACAAGCCGCAAAACCACCAAAAAGCAGGCAAAGAAAGGUAAAACCCCAGAGGAGGUGCUGAAGAAGUAUCUGCAGAAGGUCCGGCACCCACCCGAGGAGGACUGUACCAUCUGCAUGGAACGCCUCACAGCUCCCUCAGGCUACAAGGGCCCACAGCCCACGGUCAAACCGGACGUGGUGGGCAAGCUGUCACGCUGUGGCCAUGUCUACCACAUCUACUGCCUGGUCGCCAUGUACAACAACGGGAACAAGGACGGGAGCCUGCAGUGUCCAACAUGCAAGACCAUCUAUGGGGUGAAGACGGGGACGCAGCCACCGGGGAAGAUGGAGUACCACCUCAUCCCGCACUCCCUGCCCGGCCACCCAGACUGCAAGACCAUCCGCAUCAUCUACAGCAUCCCGCCUGGCAUUCAGGGGCCGGAACACCCAAACCCCGGGAAGAGCUUCAGUGCCCGCGGCUUCCCGCGACACUGCUACCUUCCAGACAGCGAGAAGGGGAGAAAGGUUCUGAAGCUGCUGCUGGUGGCCUGGGAUCGCCGCCUCAUCUUUGCCAUCGGUACCUCCAGCACUACGGGCGAGUCUGACACGGUCAUCUGGAAUGAGGUGCACCAUAAAACAGAAUUCGGCUCUAAUCUCACUGGCCAUGGCUACCCGGAUGCUAAUUACCUGGACAACGUGCUGGCAGAACUGGCUGCCCAGGGCAUCUCUGAGGACAGCACUGCCCAGGAGAAAGACUGAGGCUGGAGGGGCUCUGAAUGGUGCACCAGAGGACUGCAGGGCAGGAGGGGGGCGGGAUUCGAGGUGGACAUUGGUAUGAUGCCCUUCCCGCCUGUCCAUUUCCAUUCCAUGGUCCCUCCAGCCCCAGGGGCUGAGAGGGAGCCAGACAGAAUCAAUGACAUCAUUCAUAAACCUCAUCUGACCCGGGGCACAUGGGUGAGGGCUAUUCCUGUGGAGUCUUCAGUGCUGGGUAGAUGAAUACUCCCAUCUUGCCCGCCCUGGUAGGGGUACGGUCAGCACUUGAGGUAUGGACAGGUGAGCUCCUCUGCACCCUGGCCUUGUGAAGCCGAGGUUUUCGGCCUCAGCCGGCUACUUGCUGCUUCCACUCUACUCCAAAAGUGGAGUUCCUCCUUUUCUCACUGUGCAAGGUUGGGGGGAGCAAGUGGAGCCACCCGCUGAACCUCUGUCACUCUGGGAGUCCGAGGCCCUGGUGCAGAGUGGGGUGGACUCGGCAUCAAGUGGGCCGGGGAGGCAGAAGCCACUGGAGCCCCACUGCCCUCGGCAUCUUCCUCGGGGACUCCCUUCCUGCCCACCCUUUAGCCUGUCUGAGGUAGCUGGGGGUUCUGGGCCUCACCUCUGGAUAACACCUCAUGAUGUGUUUCUAGCCCCUGCGAUCAGACCAGAGCCUGCUGUCCACUGAGCCCCAGCACUGCCCUCCUCCGGGGAGGGGGAGCCCAUGGCCUUCCCGGUACACCCCAGACCAGCUCAGAGUCUGUGGGUUUCAUCUCGUCACUGUGAGUGGAGCCCACGCGGGCUCUGCGCCACCCGUGUGUGUGCGUGCAUGUGUGCCUGUAUGUGUGUGCUCGUGUGUAUGCAUCGGAGUGUGUGCAUGUGUGUGUAUGCACGCAUCAGUGGGCUGUGAAGGUGGAAGGAACCUGAUGUCCUUUGCCUCCGUUUCACAAAAUGCCAAGCCCCAGCUCUGUGGGGCCUGCGAGAUCCUAAUGGCCCCAUGACCCUCCUCAUCCCCAGCCCAUCUCAGAAUAAAGUGGGAUACCAAGGGGGCUAGAACUGUGCUUGGGGAGGUGCAUGGCGGGGAGAGCCAGACUCCUGCUCUUCUCACUGUGUUCCAGGACCAGCCGCGCAGUGCCCUGUGCAGCCUGGGUCUGAGGCAUGCUGUCUGCACUGUGGCCUGGCAUGGUGUUGGGCCUAGUGCCCCCUCUUCCACCAUGAUGGAUCUGGAUCUCGGCCCCUACUUUCAGCCCAUUGCUGGCUGGGUCAGGGCCACCUUGCAUCUAGGCUGUGUCCCAAGACUCUGUCUGUCCCCUCAGUUUCCUCUCAGCUUUUUUCCUAUGAAGGAAAAGGUUGGGGGUCUAGAAGGGAAACCUAGAUCCCCCUCUGAAAGUGGGUUCUUUGAUCUAUGUGUUUGGGAGAGUUCCUCUGGGUACUAAUUUGAGUUUAUAUACCUCAUGUUUUGGGGGUUCGACAUAUAUAUACGCAUAUAUUUCCCUAAGAGGCAGAAGUUUUCUGAUGCUAGGAGACAUAGAAACAAGGCCAUGUCCAGCGGUGGUACUGAAGUCAGAAGCAAGGCCAGGCUUUCCCCAGGGCCGCUGAGAGCUGCUUGCUCUGAGGCCUGCGGCCAUUCUAGUGUUGGUGUGGCUGGUGGAGUCACCUGAGUGUCACCAGAUUCAAUCCCAGGAACACAGACUGGCCCCAGUGGGACUCCAGGAUGGGCCCUGCUCCCCACUGUCAGCUUAGGCUCUCAGCAGUGCUCAGGGGCUCUGACCUCGCCUGGGUGCGAGUGCGGGCAGGAAGUAGGCAGAACUGAGUAGAGGAGCAUCCUGGGGGAGUUACUGGCGGCUCCCACGGCAGCUGCGAGGCUACUGGAGAGGCUCAUGGGUGGGCAGCGGGCCUGUGGGCAGAGAGAGGGAAGAUGAGCUGUGGCCCCUGGUGCGGGGGGGGGGGGGAUCACCCCUGGAGGGUGGGGAAAGCCCCCCAACACACAUACCCUACACUCUUGGCCUUGGCCUCCCAAUCUUUCAUCAGGGGACACCACGUGCCCUCACCCUCCUGUGGCCUUCCUCUCUGGGGCUGCUGACUUUGCUGCCCUCUGGCUUUCUGGACAGGGGCGAGGUCCUGGAUAGCCCUUUCCCGGACAAGUGGUUGGGGGAGGCAGGACAGAGCGACCCGGAGAGGCCCUUGCUGGACUCGGCAAGGGGCUGCCAGCACUGUGGCUGCAGAGAGGGCGAGCGGGCAAGAAUGGGCACCUGGACAGAUGCGCAUGCCCAAGGGGCCGGCUGGUGCCUGCGUGGUCGCGCAUGCCCGGGUUUUCCUUGCUCCCUUUGCGAGAAGAGCGUGGGCUCUGUGGUUCGCUGCAUGGCCACGGUGCUUGGACUGGUGUGGCUGUACUGCUGUGUGCGCGAUGGGACGGGCAAGGCCCGUGUGAGAAGAAAGAGGUGGGCGCCACAGGGACAGGCAAGCGUCCACGUGCUCUGUGCUGUUUGUAAUCGCUGUGAUCCGGGAUCCUUGAUGUUGCUGUGUCAGGUACCUCGCCCCCUGGUGCUCAUGGGGUGUCCGUGCAGAACAAUAAAUGGCAACUUGACAACCA